GAAAAUAAAGAAUAAAUGGUAUGUACUGAGUGGGCAUACUAAAAUAUUUUAUGAUAUUCAUGUUCAAUUCACUUUAUUUGAAAACUGUUCAUUUUGUAAUUAAAUUUUAUAAACUUAAUUUUAAAUGUACAUACAGUAUUCGUUAUUUACUAGUUAAUACCGUUUUAUAUUAUGAACAAGUAUUAAAUAUCAUACACUGAGAAGAGAUUGCACUGAAGCUAUCUCAAAUAUUUGCUGGUAAAGAAAUGGCUACAAGAUGUAAAAGAAGAAAGAAUUUUGUUACACCUGUACUGCCAGCAGUUUCUGACAAAGAGAAUGUUAAAAGAAAAAUUACUGCUGCAAGCUCACCGCAGAAGCAAAAAAAAUUACGACUGGCCAAAAGAAGCCCACAAAAACCGUUGGCCAUAGAAGGCGGUUCUAUCGGUAAUAUUGUUAACUUAUUCCAAACUCCCCUCAUGCCAAAUAAACUUAAGAGAGUGUUUGUGAAAGCUGAUGAAGAACAUUCUAAUGAAAGAACAAUAAUUAAAGCCAAAGCUACACAUUCACAAGCAGACGAAACUGACAUACUGACUAAACGUGUUGAAGAAUGUAGUUCAGCAAUUUUAACUGAAACAAGGUUAGAAACUUCUGCUGAAAAUACAGCAAUUGCUUCUUCACGUUCCAUACAGUCCAUGGGUACACUGAAAAAUGAACCAUCAGAAUAUGGUGAAAUAACUUGCAAAUAUGAAACGAAGAAAGUAAUUGAGGAAAAUGCUAAAGUCUUAACAGGUCCACAAAAUGUUGACACAGAGCAAACAGAUAAACAAUUUUUGGAGCUAGUUACUGAGGCUCCAACCUCAAAUGAGGAAGUAACUUGUGAUGCAAAAAAGAUACUUAAACGGGAACAUCUUAGUACAGAGCCACCUGUUUGUGUCUUAACAGAGCAAAACAUGGAAGACCGUGGUGACAUAACCUGCAUCUCACAUGAAAAGAUGAAAGUAAUGGAGGAAAGCGGUAAAGCAUUAAUAGGACUGCAAAAAUUUGAUAACACUGAAAAAACAGAAAAAUUUUUUUUGAAGUCAGCUGCUGAGGCUCCAACCUCAAACGAGGAAGUAACUCAUGCUACAAAUAAGACCAUCAAUGAAGAAGAACUGGAAAAUGUUAGCACAGAACCAUCAGUUUAUGUUGGACAAGUCUUAAAUGAGUAUGAUACAAAAGACUGUGACGAAAGCAGUAUACAAGAAACUUCAACACUGAAAACUGAUACUGAUACUUGUCCAGACAGAAGCAAUAUCCUGCAUCACUCACAAAAUGAAAUAAGUGAAGACAGAGAACUGGAACAGAAGUCAGUUUCACCGAAAACAAUGAUCCAGGCAUUACCGGUUCAAGAAAAUUGCUUGGUUAUGAAAGAAGAACAUAAUGCAAAAAAUGAAACCUGUUCUGAUGAAAAAGUAAAUGCUGCAACAGAAAGUUAUAUCAAAAUGCCGAAAACAAUUAGUAACCUAAAAGAACACAUGGUGAAAAAUAUAGGUGUAUUGGAGAGUUUCCUAACACAAGCACAUGAAAGUAGCACCAAGGAAGAACCUUCUGAUGGUGAGUGCUCUGACAUCAUUGGGAAUUCUCAAGACGAGAGUACGAACCCUGUUUUACAACUUACCAUGAUCAGCAAUUCAAGGGCACAGGAAGAUCAAGACAUGUUCAAAGCUUGUACACAGCAAACAUCAUCAAGUGAGCUGCGUUGUUCACAAAACACACGAUCGAUUCCAUCAGAUAAAUCAAAACAAGAAGGAAGCGUUGAUGGAAGUGUAUCAGCUGAAGCUGAAAUCAAAGGUGAAAAAAUUAACCAUGCUUUUGAAGAUGAAAAUUUUGAUCACCUUUUCCUAAAGCAAGGAUUUGAUACACAUGACAAACCAUCACAAGAUUGCAAUCAAAGCAACAAAAAUAAACUAAUUCCAGAUAAACAAGAAUACGAAAAACAACAAAAUGAAAAUCAACCAGAGAAUGACAAACUUGAACCAGAAAGUUUUUCCAAAGAAGCAGAAAUAAUAAUUGAAGCUGAAAUCAAAGGUGAAAAACUGAAGUGUGCCUUUGAAAAUGAAAAUUUUGAUAACCUCCUACUAAAGCAAGAAUUUGACACACAUGAAAAAUCAACACAGGAUGGCAUUCAAAGUAAUAAAAGUAAAUUAAUUCUAGAUGAACAAGAAGAUGUAAAACAACAAAAUAAAAAUCAACCAGAGAAUGAAAAACUGGAAGAAAGUUCUUCCAAAGAAGCAGGAAAAAUAUGUGUUACACUUAAAAAUCAAUCCCAAAGUAAAAACCAACCUAAAUCAGAAAUCUGCUCUCAAAAAUCUGCUGUCAAACAGAACCCUAUCCCGGAAUCAAUUGCUUCAACUUCUGUGCAGAUUGCGAACCUUGACGACGAGUUGGAAAUAAGUACCUCGCAGUUGCUGGAGCUAGAAACUGAAUUCGGCAACGGGGCAAGAUUGCAACACGACAGCCAUCCCCAGCAGAGCCUCAACGAACCAACAGAACGGCAGUCACUGCUUCCCCGACAGCUGCGCAUGCCUACCGUGGACUGGACACAGAGGGCAGAACACAAUCGCCAGAGACUUCAGUCCAUCAUACAGGACAUCUGCAAGCUGAAUGCGCUGCUUAUGCGUGCUCGCAGAAUGAUGUGGAAGCAAUAGCCACCAACAGAAUUGUGACGACUUGAGACCAAGCAAGACGAAAGAAUGUUACAAUUUGCAACUUUACCAUGUAGCGACAAAUAUCUGGUUUGUAGACAGCAAACAGGAGCUGUGAAUAUAAUUUUAUUGUAUUCUAUAAUAUCAACAACUUUAGGAGGUGUUGAAAAUUUUCAAAUAUAUUUUCCUGUUUUAAGUUAUAUUACCUAAAGAAACAUAAUAUUUUGCCAACUUAAACAUAGGUUGACUUCUAUUUGUUCCACUUUUUUUUAAGAGUAUUUAAUCAACAUUACAUACUUUCACAAUGCAUUUUUUCAGCAAAAUUCCAGAAGUAGAAAAUUGAGUUAAUACUGAGCUAUUUGUAAUAUAUAGUUUGUAAGAAUAUGUAACUUAAAAAUAAAUUAAUAUUUCUGUAUACUAUUUAAAAAUAUUUAUUUUUAAGAAUUCCACUUAUUAAGUAUUUUUACCUAUAAUAAUAAUGGUCUUCAUUUCUUAUUAAGUGUAAUGGGUUUGCUUUUAUUUUUAAAAUUAUUUUUAAUAAUUUAACAUCUAAACAUCUUACAAUUUACUUAGUUAAAUUACCCAUGUGGGAAACGACUGACAGAAGGUCUAAAUAUGUGUGUAUUAUCAAAAUGGCAAUUUUUUUAUUCAAAAACCACCAGUCAAACCAGAGACUGUUCUUAGCUUGUGGGCUACUCUGUUACCUGGAUCCAGACUAUUUAUAUAUUAUUAAGUACACUCAUUGAGCACUACUUAAUAAAUCUGGCCUGGGGCCCCGAAAGAUAUUAACGCAUUGGUCAAACCAGGUUCUCUUAAGGGGUCAUACGCCUAAUUAACGAUAAACUUUCUUUUGUGAAUAUUAUGACUUUAGAAAAAUUCUUACGGGAAUUAAAUACACUGUUACUCAUACAGGUGCCUAACACAUGGUACCGAGCACUUACCUAGUUGCGGACACAAUCACUAACUUGACUCAUGCGGACGUGAUGCAAGGGUGCUUUCCGCCAGCGGGGACCGGUAUUGGUAAAAGAACUUAAUAAGAAAUUAUAUUAUUUUAAAUACUAUACAGAAAUAUUAAUAAGUAUAAAAAAACAUUGCUGUAACCUAGCACUAUAACUAUACUUGUAAUAAAUAUGAAUAUAGCUUUGUUAUAGUGGUAGACAGUGUCAA